UAGAAGAAGAAGACGUUCUUGCUUGUUACUGGUCCAAAAGUCGACGCGGGGAAUUAUGUGACAGCGUCUCGUCCACUGUAAACAUCUCAUCAAAUUAUACCCGGUCCAGUUUUGCCCCAAUCGUUCAUUUUUUUAUCCCUUGUUCAGCUAACAGUGUUAACAGCGUGCCUAACGUUUAUGCAGACUCGUCAGUUUCUUCUUCGUCGGUGUUGUGGUUAUGGAAGGACGAUGUGCUGUUGAGACUUGGGCAGACUUUGGCUUCUUAGGUCCAUCAUACACAGCAAAGGUCAGGUUUAGCGGUGGGACAGAUGUGUUUCUCUGCACAGGCAACGACGAGGUCUAUGUCUUCAAUACUAAAGAGGGGAAACUCACGGUUGUCCUACAGUUUCCCGGUCCCGUUAGUGACCUGAUUGGGAGUCAUGACAAGCAGCUCCUCUAUGUUGCCUGUACAAGUGGAAUUUAUUGUGUCGGUUUACAGUUCCUGCUAUCUAGAACUGAAAGUUUAGCAACUGACACCUCUUCCAGUCCAGCUGAGCUGAAAAUUUCUUCAGAGUUCCUGGUUGUUCCAGAAGAAGGUGUUUUGUCACUGCUUCUCGUCCAUUCGGUACUCCUGACUCUUUCCCAGAGAGACACGUCCUGGAUGUUGAUCCUGUACAAUUCUUCAAAACAGUCAGUCUCUGGCAGCUAUGAAAUGCUCACUUCAUUCAGUCUACCACUGGCCUCAUGUGUUGUUCACGAUGACACAGAGGGAAGCACAGGAAGGAGAAUGAGGCCUGUGCUGAUUUGUGUCCAUUCGAGUGAUAUAACACCGCCAUCGUCCACAUCUUUGUCAGAGACCUCUUUAACUGAAGGCCAUUUCCACCUUGAGUCAGUCCUCUUCAAAGUUCUGUUUGGGAUUGAUGCUGCCCUCAGCAAAUCACCGAUUAUCCUUUGUGGAAUGCCUGACGGGCGCCUGUGUUACCUUCCUCUGCGUCUGCCAGGAUCACGGCUCCAAGUCCUGCAUAGCUUGGAGCAGCCAGUUGUAUUUGUUGGAGCCUCCUGUGUCAUGGAAACGGGUCCAGGACAUGCAAAGUGUUUGGUGGCGGUGGGAAAACUAGGGAGAGUGGUGCUGAUCAAAAUGAAAAAGGAAGGGCCAGAGGAAGGGGGCAGCACAGCUAGUUUUAUUGAGAGGUGUGUACCAGGGCCUGUGAUGUGUGGAUGUAUGGAUAAAAAGUGUCUUUACUACAGCACAGGCACAGACCUGAUGAGUCUGGAUCUAUCAGAGGAAUCAUCUGGAAGGAAGGGCCAGGAAUGGGAUGAGGAGUCAUCCAGUAAGACAUAUACUGCCCUCCAAAGCCCCACCAGUUUAAAUGUGUGCAGAGUCAUCACCCUGGCUGAGCCUACAUGCAACACUGCAGGUGAAGUUCAGUUGCUGGGGCUGUCUGUCAGGGGACAGCUCCAGAGGAUCACUUUACCUGUGAGGAGAGAGGAUACAAGAUUGUCUAAGAUGCUCUCCACCCAGGUGGGCCACAGUGUCAGGGACCUCUUAUCUGCCAUUGGGGAUGUUUGUGAAAGAGCAUCAGUGCUGAAAACAGCCAUCAGAUCAAAAAGUCAAAUUCUGAAGCACAUGAAUCAAGUGCUUAACAUCAGCUUCCUGCUGAUAGCCAGCACAAAUAGUGAAGAGCAUCUUCAUGUCCAGGAAAAGCCAAUCAGAUGUCAUGCUGUGACUGAGUGGAGCAGAUUGCUUCAAAAAGAUUCCCUGAACCUGAGAUGUGUCCUGGAUAAUUCAAGUCCUUUUGUUUUGGAACAAGGCUGGACACUGAGCAUCACUGUAUUUCCUCUGUCAUAUUCUCCCAGCACAGGGGGAGAAAGCUCCUCCACAAAUUUUUCAUUCCCAUUCCACAACCUCCAUCCGGGGGAAACUUUAGAAGUGUCAUUGCCUCUAGUAGCUGCAGUGGACAUAUCCUUCCCCAUGACAGUGAGCUUCUCGCUCACCUUCUCACUCUCAAGGCUUCUUGGAGAGGAGGCAGCAAACCUUUCUGGUUCACAGAGUAGCUGCAUCAGUUUGCCCUUGAACACACUGACAGUGGAUUGGUUGCACGCCCUGCAGGUGAACAGUUCGAUAGCUACACAGACAAAGGCCACAUCUCAAUGCAACAAUACCCCAAUGGAUUCCAUCCAAGCUUUUGUAAGCUCACGCAGGAUAAGAUGUAGUGGAAAAAGAGAGGGAGGAGGAGAGAGCGCUUCAAAGGCCGAGCGAGUUCAGUAUUCAGCAAGUGUGCGGGUUUCAUCAGAGUUAUUGCAAGAUACGCUUGUGUUUAAAAGCUCUGAUUCGGACCGUCAGGGACCAAAUUUGGCCCCUCGAAAUGUGUGCUUUUCUUUACUGGAAUGGCUGUUGUCUGAAGGCCCUGGGGGAGUGACAACAGGACACCAAAGAGACAAAAUCAGCAGCUCAGUGGUCCAUGCUCGAGGUCCAAAUGGGCACACAGUCACACUGACUGCAAAAGAGGUAGAUGUAGGGGAGGAGAGCAUGAGGAAGGAGGAGUCCCUGACCAUAGUGGAGGUUCGAGUUGAGAGCUCAUCCAUAGCAGCAGUGUGUGGACUGCAUCAUGCUGUGCUGCGCCGGGUAGAGACUCUGUUGCAGAGGGCUCCAGAGAGGGCUGCUUCUACAAAGAGGGUCCAGAGAUUAGGUUUAAGACAGGCACUGCAGCGGGCUCAGCACCUGUUAGAGCAGAUCCAGCAAAGUCGGGUAUCGGGGACCUUUGGUAUGGGCGCGUCCACAGGACAGAUGAGCCGAUCUCUUUUCUGCAUUUACCAAGAACUCAGAGAAAAUCCUCUUCUUAUAAUUUGAUAAAGCCUACACUGUGGCUUUAUUAAAUUCAGUUCAGUUUUAUAUAACCUGUCCUUGCAGCUGAUUGAGUAAUGACGUCGACAUAUUGUAACUGUACUUUUUCAUCACCAUAAACAGAUGUUACCAUU